AGAGAGAGAGAGAGAGAGAGAGAGAGAACGUCUGUGUUGAGUAAAUGUGAGCAUGGUGCGACUAGUGUGUGUUUGUGAGAGAAAAAAGAGACAGAGAGUGUGUGAGAGCAGGAGAGAGAGAGAAGGAGAGAAAGAGAGUACGUGUGUUGGUGGGAGCUCAGAGGAAGGAUGGCUGCUCAUGUUUAAACUGCCUCACAUGCUCAAAAGGAGGCAAAAAUUCAGCAGAGGCAGAGAAACACACGUCUCACUGGGGGACGCAUCUUGUUCAUCAUUUGAGGGAAAGCAGAAAAGACUUAGCAAUGCCUGCUGAAGUGAAGGAGGAGCAGAGUUUGGAGGGCCCUCCUCCAAUCCCUCUAUCCCAGGAAGUCAAAGAGGUAUCCCAGGACAACCCAGCCAUCACUGAUGAACUGGACACGCCCACUUCCAUCGCCUCUGUGAUUACCUCAACCAAUGAAAGCUCCACAGAGACUGACACUCCACAGCAGACAGACACUGAGGAGUUCAAGGCUGUGGAACAAGAGGGUGAAAAGGUACCGGAUGAGACUCGUGAAACCUUAGAGCUGCAGCAGGAGAACGUCCACACAUCAGAUGCACCUGAUCUUACAUCAGCACUGGUGGUUCAAGAAAACACUUCCACUGAACAACCCAGUUCUGAGACAAAGGCUGAGUCUUCUGAAUCUGUUACACUGACCACAACAACAAGCUCCACCACCACUACUGCAUCAGUUCCACAGUCUCAGCUGGUGCUACAGCCUGGAGAGACUCAGCCAGUGAAACCAGAGAGCCAAAGCAGAGUAUACACCCUUCCUGAGGCCUACAGAGGCAUGGGGGGGGACCUCUGUGCAGGAUAUGGAAGCCUUUCUCGCUUUACCCUCCACGGCUACCUGCCCACCAAAAACUUCCAGCCUGGGGCUCACUACACCUUACCCUUUCUCAGGGAUAGCUUCGCCCCCAGCAGUCUCAGCAACCAGACAGAGGAGGAUAGAGAAAACCUUCUGGACAUGAAGACUGACCACCCAGCUGCCAGUUAUUCAACUCUAGGUGGAAUCCACCAGUUCAGACCAAUUACCACCAUGGAGCUCCUCAGAGAGCCCUCGAGAACCAGGAGUGGCUAUGAUGAUGCUUUCAUGGCCCAGUUUGAGGGGAACCUAAAUCCUUUCUUCCAGGCGAUGUGCCGAGCACAGACCUUGCAGAUGCCCCACAAGAGGAGCAGCAUGGUAAGCCUAGACAGCAUCCGAAGAGACCCACGCUGGAGAGACCCCAACUUGCACGAGGUGAUCUCAAUGCUCAGCCACCCGAUGGAUCCUGUCAAAUCCAAUGCUGCUGCUUAUUUGCAGCACUUGUGUUAUGAGAAUGACAGAAUAAAACAGGAGGUCCGCCAGCUGAACGGGGUGCCGAUCUUGGUGGAACUGUUGGACCAUCCUAAAGCUGAAGUUCAUCGCAAGGCCUGUGGUGCUUUGCGCAACAUCUCAUAUGGAAAAGACCACAACAACAAAAUGGCCAUCAAGAAUUGUGAUGGCAUCCAAGCUUUAGUUAGAUUGUUGAGGAAGACCAGCAGCAUGGAGAUCAAGGAGUUAGUCACAGGCACUCUGUGGAACCUCUCUUCACAUGAGCCACUCAAGAUGACAGUCAUCAACCAGGGACUUCAAACACUGACUGAUGAAAUCAUCAUCCCGCACUCAGGCUGGAGGAGGAGAGACUCAGCUGACUCUUCCAAACUGCAGAGUGCUGAGUGGACCACCGUCUUUAAGAACACCUCUGGAUGCCUGAGGAAUGUGAGUUCAGAUGGGGCAGAGGCUCGACAGAGAUUGAGGGAGUGUGAUGGAUUGGUGGCUGCACUCCUUCAUGCCUUGCAGUCUGCAGUCAUCAACAAGGACACUGACAAUAAGUCUGUGGAAAACUGUGUCUGCAUCCUUCGAAACCUGUCCUAUCAUGUUCACAAAGAGAUACCGGGAGCCGAGCGAUGUGUGGAGUCCCACACUGGUCACCUGAUGAGAUCAGUGGGGCAUCCAAAAAAGAAGAAUGAGCCUGAGUGUUUUGCUGGGAAAAGACCCAAAGAAGAGUGGUUUAGUCAAGGUUGGAAAAAUGGAUUAAUGGACAGAAAGUACAGUACAUUGGAUUUGCCAAAACGUACAGAACUAUUGAAAGGCUUGGAGCUACUGUACCAGCCAGAGGUGGUGAGGCUUUACCUCUCUCUUCUCACCUGCAGUCACAACCACAACACGCUGGAGGCAGCAGCUGGAGCGCUGCAGAACCUCGCAGCGGGACACUGGGCCUGGUCCAGCUACAUUCGAGCGACAGUCAGAAAAGAGAAAGGCCUUCCUAUUCUGGUGGAGCUGCUGCGCUCCGAAGUGGACAAAGUGGUGCGAGCUGUAGCCAUUGCUCUUCGCAACCUGGCCAUUGACAAAAGGAAUAAAGACUUAAUCGGGAGCUAUGCUCUGCGGGAUCUCGUGGGUAAUUUGCCGUGUGGGCAGCAGCACCCAGCGAAGAACCUUGAGGGAGAUACGGUGGUGUCUAUUCUGAACACAGUUCAUGAGAUCAUCACAGAUAACCCUGACAAUGCUCGAGCACUCAUACAAGGUCAUGCUGUGCAGAAACUGGUCGCCAUCAAUAAGUCAAGCCAAUCAGUUCGGGAGACAAAGGCAGCUUCCCAUGUACUUCAGACAAUAUGGGCCUACAAGGAGCUGAGAAGCACUCUGAACAAGGCAGGUUGGAACAAGAGCCACUUUAAGCCCACAUCUGUUGAAACAACUAAAAAAUCCAAGAGUGGAAAGCAAAGCAGUGAUGACAUCACCUUGCCUCUCAUGGACAAAAACCAAGAUGUAUAUUCCACUUUAGAGCCAAAUGAUAGAGUUGGAGAUGGAAAGGGGCCUCCUGUUGUAGAACGAGACUCUCUGCAGGCGAUAAGUGAGAGAAAACACUUCAUCAGAGCUGGCAGGCCUGCAGUGGGCCUCAUGGAUAACAAACCUCCACCGCUGGACUCUUGGGUGUAAACGUAACAGCAUGUCCUGUCCACCCAGUUAAAUCCUGUAGAGACACUUUCCACUGGUGAAAUGCUGAUCUGUGCCAUCUGAUCAUUCUUGUACAGACAAACACAGCCAGUUAAAAAAAAGAGAACAACUUCUUUGUUUACAGGACUUAGUGUGCCAAACAUUUACAUGUAUUUAUUAUGGAGAUUAUAUGACUUUAUGGAUUUAUCAUUUAGGAUGAUACACUGUAAGUCUGCAACUCAUGACUGAUUAUGUGAGAUAUAUGAAUUAACCCAAAUAUGCAAACUGUGGUGAAUCAUGACUCCAAAGAAUAUAUGACAUGAACAAUUUGAAUUUUACUGCUUAUCUAAGAUAUACUUCUACUUUGUUAAACUAAUAAGAUCUAAAAUGGCAUGUGGAUUUUUUGUUGUCCACCUCCAAUAUUCAAGGGUUCCGAUCUAAAAUAAGUUAUUUUUUCUUGAGGGUCCGAAUCAUUAAGGAUUAGGACUUACAUUACCUUAACAAAACAAAUGAUUUACAAUUGAGUUUAUUCUUAAUAAAUCAGAGUAGACUGUCAGGUCAUUCAUUCUCUGUAAGUCUUUUAUCGCAGUUGUUUCAUGAUAGGGAGAAUGAGAUUGUACAUGUGUAACAAAGGACUGUUAAUAUUGCAAAUGAAGGCAUUUAUAUUGUAAUGUUUAUAGUAAUACCCAUGUUAUUAAUUAGGAGUUAUUUAUGUGUAUUAGCCGAUACCGAUAAGUGAUACAGCUCUGCUUUGCAGUGGUCCUUUUUGCAUUGCGAUGUUGAAUGAAAAUGAAAAUAAAU